AUGACUUGCGUGCAAGAAAGGAUUAGAAACGAAUUAUUAGAUGAAGAAGAGCAGGCUAUGUUAAACCAGGCUAUUGCACUCUCCUUAAUGAAAAGUAGUGAACAUAGUGAUAUUGAAGACAGUCCGCAUCAGUCCCAAUCCAUUCCGACUCAAGCACUUACGCUUUUCGUGAGAAAAAAUGACAACAAUAUAAAUAACGCCGAAGAUCUGUACGGAAACUUCGAAUCUAUUCCACGUUCAACGUCAUUUGCAACGACAUUGACUCAAGAGUCAACCUUAUCUGGCUCAGAUCUUUAUACUGAUAUAGACAACGAGAGAACGAAGCAACGAAUAUAUCGAAGAUAUCCGUAUUCGUUUAACGAUCUUCUGGAAGAUAUAUGCAGUUAUCUUUAUUUUCUUAUCAAAGCUACCUGUCUUUCAAUUGUUUUGGUGAUUCUAUCAUUAAUAGUAUUCACGGUAGUCCAAUUUUCGACUGCAUUUCUGUCCGCUGUUAACGCUGAGCUUGAAAGCAUAGCAACAGGAGUCUCACGACAAGUACAAAAAUGCACGCAAGAUUAUUAUAUAAAUCAAUGCGAUCCAGAGAGUCGAGUGCCAUUCUUGGAAGAGAAUUGUACAUUUUGGGAGAAAUGUAUGGAUCAGGAUCCGUACAAUGUAGUGACUAGAGUAGAAGUGAUUUCUGGACUGAUUGCACGUCUAAUUACGGCCUUUGUUA